AUGGUUCGGCCGCGCGGCACGACGAGCACGGGGCGGCACCGCAUCGAGAUGAGCCUCAGGCCGGACAAGAACAGCCGGCAGGUCACCUUCUCCAAGCGCCGCGCCGGCCUCUUCAAGAAGUGCUCCGAGCUCUCCAUCCUCUGCGGCGCCCGCGUCGCCGUCGUCGUCUUCUCCGAGGCAGGCAACGUCUUCGCCCUCGGCAGCCCCUCCAUGGAGGCCGUCCUGCGCCUCCACGACAGCGCCCCUGUUCCUGCCGCUGACGUCGACGACCGUGAGGUGCUGGAGGAGAUGUUUCGGGCCAGGGAGGCGACCGCGGAGCAGGUGGCGUCUGAGGUCGCGCGGAUGAAUUCCAUCGCGGACAAGGUGGUCAAGGCCCAGAUGGGGAGGCGGUACUGGUGGGAGGCCGACGUGGAGGCGCUCGGGGAAGAUGAGCUGCCGGAGUUUGCCAGGGCGCUCGACCGGCUCAGGGCCAACGUGCGCCGCCACGCCGACAAGCUACUCCCCUGAUUCUUUUGGAUUGCUAGAUUAGCUGCAAUUGUGCAUGAUUUUGUUAUGAACUCUCGGUUAGUUGGAGAGAGGAAAAUAACAGGGUUGGAAUUGGGAGUUGAAAGUUGAAACAUCAACAUUUUGCCAGAGCAAGUCAAUCCAAUCACCAUGCCUUUCUCUAUGAUGAAGUUCUGUCUUUUGUUUUAUGUAGGCCAGGUUCUUUGCUACCGUACC